UUUUAGGGCUAGAAAGCGAUCAGUGCAUAGCAGUCGUGCCACAAGGAAGAAGGAACUAAUCGAGGAGGUCGGAGAGCCUCCAGGUGUUGGUCGGCACACACAUCGGUACACAAUAGGGUGGUUUAAAGGAGAUAUCAGCUGAUAUCUCCUGGACUCUGUUUGUGAAUGCGCACCCUCCUGUGAGGGUGUAGAAUGGAAAGGAGCCUCUACGGAGACACGGUGCUCACCUCCUUCACUGUCUAUCCUCGUACCACCAUGAUGAAGAAGGACAUUCAUAUCAACCUGGACGAACACACCUCCGAGCUGAAGACCAAUCCGCUCCGCGACGCCGACGGCCUCCUCAACUCACCAGACUUGGGGCUUCUCAAAUUGGCGUCCCCGGACCUGGAACGCCUCAUCAUCCAGUCCAACAACCCGGCAUCCCAGUUCCUCUACCCGAAGUCCGCCAGCGACGAGCAGGAGUUCGCCGAAGGCUUCGUCAAAGCUCUGGAGGAUCUCCACAAGCAGAACCAGCUGAGCGAGGCGGCCUGCGUCUCGGUGGACAGACUGGAGCUCCUCGGCGCUUCCGGCACGGUGGGAUCCUCCGGGCUGCAGACGUCUGAUCUUCCGGUGUAUACCACCUUGAACGGCUAUGCCGCCAGCCCGCUGGGCUCCACCACCAUCAACUACUCCACGGACACCAUCCCCUUCCCGCCGCCUCCGUCCCAUCUCAGCCCGCAGCAACAGGCAGCAACCGCCUCCGCCUUAUCGCGGCUCCAGUCCGGCGGCAUCGUGAAGGACGAGCCCCAGACAGUUCCGGACAUGCAGAGCCUCGGCGACAGCCCGCCUCUGUCGCCGAUUGACAUGGACAACCAGGAGCGUAUUAAGGCGGAGAGGAAAAAGCUGCGCAACCGGAUAGCAGCCUCCAAGUGCCGCAAGCGGAAACUUGAGAGGAUCUCUCGGCUUGAGGACAAAGUGAAGACCCUGAAGACGCAGAACACCGAGCUGGCGUCAACAGCCAGCGUCCUCAGGGAGCAGGUCGCCCAGCUGAAGCAAAAGGUGAUGAGCCACGUCAACAGUGGAUGCCAACUUUUACCAAACCAAGUCCAAGCUUACUAAUUCUGCUAGUGCUUGACUCUUGGAAAUCCUUAUGAGGUCUUUCAUGAAGUUCCUAGUGCAGAUCCACCCAGCAGGUGGGUGUGCCUGACAGGCCCGAGCUGGAAAUGAAAGGUCAAAGGUUAUGGAAGUCAUGCAGCACCAAGUGUUUAUGUGGAAGCUGGACAAUCUCUACAAGUGCUGCCAUUCAACUGUGUAUAUACUUGUGUAUAUAUAAAUAUAUAUAUACAUACAGCCUUACUUGUUUACACAAUGCACUUAGCAAUGACAAAUACAUAUAUAUUUUAUUUACUGAAACAUUUAUUAUACCUCCUGGUCAUAUUUACUUGUUUUUUUUAAUGGACACAUGCAUGUUUUGUAGCUGUUGUAUACUAUACAAUGUAUGUACAGUGUUUGUCUCCGUGGUGGCUGCUUAGUAGCCUCCCGUGAAUGUACUUGUAUUCAUAUGGUGGAUUCUCAUCACUCUACCUGACAUUUAUUAAAUUCACUACAUUACUAAA